AUGCCUGUGCUUGGGGUUGCCUCCAAGCUGAGACAGCCAGCCGUAGGGUCAAAGCCUGUCCACACUGCCCUCCCGAUACCCAACCUUGGCCCCGCCGGCUCACAGAAGUACUCACCAAAGUCUUUGGAGCUUACUGGGGCAGAGAGCUCGAUGCUUUCUUGUCAGCUUACGUUAAAGUCAACCUGUGAUUUUGGAGAGAGGAAAAUGCUUCAAGGAAAAACCCAGGAGAUCGAAGAUAGCAAGAUUUACACUGACUGGGCUAACCACUACCUAGCAAAAUCUGGCCACAAGCGGUUGAUCAAGGAUUUGCAACAGGACAUUGCAGAUGGAGUUCUGCUAGCAGAAAUCAUCCAGAUCAUUGCAAAUGAAAAGGUUGAAGAUAUCAAUGGCUGUCCACGGAGCCAGUCUCAAAUGAUUGAGAAUGUUGAUGUCUGCCUUAGCUUUCUGGCAGCCAGAGGCGUAAACGUCCAAGGUCUUUCUGCAGAAGAAAUAAGGAAUGGAAAUUUGAAAGCCAUUUUAGGACUGUUUUUCAGUUUGUCUCGGUACAAACAGCAGCAACAUCAUCAGCAACAAUACUACCAGUCUUUGGUGGAGCUACAACAGCAAGUCCCUUCAACUCCAGCUGAAAUCAGCCAGUCCAAAACACACCAAGAUAUGCAGUCAAGUCUCACAGCCAGAUAUGCAACUCAGUCUAAUCACAGUGGAAUUGCAACCAGUCAAAAAAAGGCUUCUAGGCUUCCAGGACCCUCAAGGGUGCCAGCUGCAGGCAGCAGUACCAAAGUCCAGGGAGCUUCCAAUUUAAAUAGGAGAAGUCAGAGCUUUAACAGCAUUGACAAAAACAAGCCUCCACAAUAUGCAAAUGGAAAUGAAAAAGAUUCACCAAAAGGCCCUCACCCCUCUGCAGGCAUGAAUGGAAAUGUGCAGCAUGCCACCAGCACCGGGCAGCAGCAGGUCUCUGCCAUACCCUCUCCCAGUGCCAGCAAGCCUUGGCGCAGCAAAUCCAUGAAUGUCAAACACAGCGCGACCUCUACCAUGCUGUCUGUGAAGCAGCCCAGUCCCGCAACCUCCCCUACUCCAACUUCAGACAGGCUCAAGCCACCCCCUUCUGAAGGUGUGAAGCCCCCUUCAUCUGGACAAAAAUCUAUGCUGGAAAAAUUCAAGCUGGUUAAUGCUAGGACAGCUCUGAGACCUCCUUUGUCACUGAGCUCGGGACCCAGUGACAGUGGGAGAGAGGAUGACAACUUUUCAGAGUGUGGUGAAAUGGAUGUCUUAAGUGGUGGGGUGAACAGUGGCGGCUCCACAAGUAGCAGUCCCAAAGUAUCACCGAAGUUAACCCCUCCGAAAGCUGGCAGCAAAAAUCUCAGCAAUAAAAAGUCUUUGCUACAGCCAAAGGACAAAGAGGAAAAGAACAGGGACAAAAACAAAGUUUGCACUGAGAAAGCAGUCAAAGAAGAGAAGGAUCAGGUCAUUGAGUCAUCUACAAAGAAGAGCUCAAAAAUUGCAAGCUUAAUCCCAAAGGGAAGCAAGACAACAGCAGCCAAGAAAGAGAGUUUAAUAUCAUCUUCUAGUGGGAUCCCAAAACCUGGAUCCAAGGUGCCAACAGCAAAGCAGAGCACUUCCUCCACAUGCACAGGGAGUAAGGAGGUUGAAAAACUGAGGACUACAAAAGGAAACCAGUCCCAGUCAACAUCAAAAUCUCAGCUUAGUGAGAAGGCUUCUCCGUCCUCUGGUCUUGCUUCUUCUGAAGGGAAGGAACCAAGUGCUGCUCUCACCCCAGGAUCCUCCGUUGGUCUGUCAGCCUCGAUGGCUGCAGGCAGUGGCCAAGGCACAGGAAAUGGUGUAGUCCAGCUUCCUCAGCAACAGCAAUACAGCCACCCCAACACUGCCACGGUAGCUCCUUUCAUUUAUAGAACUCUCUCAGAAAAUGACAGUACCUCUUUACCACCUACUGACUCCUGUACCAGUCCUACUAAAAUGGAUUUGUCGUUUAGUAAGACUGCCAAACAGUGCCUAGAGGAGAUAUCUGGGGAAGACCCUGAAACAAGAAGAAUGAGAACCGUCAAGAACAUUGCAGACCUGAGGCAGAAUUUGGAAGAAACCAUGUCCAGCCUUAGAGGGACCCAGAUAAGCCACAGCACACUGGAGACAACUUUUGACAGCACUGUGACAACUGAGGUGAAUGGCAGAAGCAUACCAAGCUUAUCCAGCCGAUCGACCCCUGUGACUUGGAGGCUGGGGCAGGCCAGUCCUCGCCUGCAGGCAGGAGAUGCUCCAUCCUUGGGUGCUGGUUAUCCUCGCAGCAGUGCAAGUCGCUUCAUACACACAGACCCUUCUCGAUUCAUGUACACCACCCCGCUUCGCCGAGCAGCUGUCUCUCGCCUUGGAAAUAUCUCACAGAUUGACAUGAGUGAGAAGGGAAGUGGUGAUUUGGACAUAUCCUCUGAAGCUGAUGUUGGUGGCUACAUGAGUGAUGGAGACAUUCUUGGGAAGAGCCUGAGGACUGAUGACAUCAACAGUGGGUACAUGACAGAUGGAGGACUCAACCUAUAUACAAGAAGUCUGAACCGAAUACCAGACCUUGCUGCCUCUCGAGACGUCAUCCAGAGAGGGGUUCAUGAUGUAACUGUGGAUGCUGACAGCUGGGAUGACAGCAGCUCGGUUAGCAGUGGCCUCAGUGACACUCUCGACAACCUCAGCACAGAUGAUUUGAAUACCACCUCAUCUGUCAGCUCUUAUUCCAACAUAACAGCCUCUUCAAGGAAGAACACUCAUUUGAAGACAGACUCAGAGAAGCGCUCGGUUACAGACCGUGAAACUUGGGGCAGCACUGAAGAGCUGAAGAAACCAGAGGAAGACUUUGACAGCAGUGUAGACAGCAGUGGCAAGUGGAAAGGCCUUCCCACAGGGCUGUCUGAAGAGUCAGAGAAGGGGCAGAAAACAUCUCUUUCUGUAUCACAGACCGGAUCUUGGAGGAGAGGCAUGACUGCACAAGUAGGAGCAGCUCAGUCCAGGCACAAAGCAGGAACAAGUGCACUCAAGACCCCAGGAAAAACCGAUGAUGCAAAAGCUUCGGAAAAAGUGAAAACUCCCCUGAAAGGAGCCUCCAUACAGCGAUCUCCAUCAGAUGCAGGAAAAAGCAGCGGUGAUGAAGGGAAAAAGCCUCCCUCUGGCAUUGGGAGAUCAACUGCUACAGGGUCGUUUGGAUUCAAGAAGUCUGGGUUGGGAUCUUCUACCAUAAUCACCACAAGUGGAGCAACCAUCACAAGCGGGUCAGCAACGCUAGGAAAAAUGCCAAAAUCUUCAGCCAUCAGUGGGAAGUCCAAUGCAGGGAGGAAGACAAGCUUAGACGGUUCCCAAAAUCAAGAUGACGGAGUCCUGCAUGUGAGCUCAAAGACAACUCUGCAGUAUCGAAGUUUGCCUCGGCCAUCGAAGUCCAGCGGCAGCGGGAUCCCUGGGAGGGGCGGCCACCGCUCCAGCACCAGCAGCAUCGACUCCAAUGUGAGCAGCAAGUCUGCAGGUGCUGCUGCCACCAAACUGCGAGAGCCUAGCAAGAUCGGCUCCGGGAGGUCCAGCCCUGUCACCAUCAACCAGACAGACAAGGAAAAAGAGAAGGUGGCAGUGUCAGACUCAGAAAGUGUCUCACUGUCCAGUUCCCCUAAAUCCAGCCCAACUUCGGCAAGCGCCUCUGGCACACCAGGACUUAGACAGCCAGGAUCCAAAUACCCAGAUAUUGCUUCCCCCACAUUUCGAAGGUUGUUUGGUGCCAAGGCAAGUGGUAAAGCUGCCUCUGCACCCAGUACAGAAGGUGUGAAACCCACAUCGGCAAUGCCCAGCCCUAGUACCACAUUGGCACGGCAAGGCAGCCUGGAAUCGCCAUCCUCGGGCACAGGCAGCAUGGGCAGUGCAGGUGGGCAAAGUGGUAGCAGCAGCCCCCUCUUCAGUAAACCUUCGGACUUAAAUGCAGAUGUUGUAAGCUUAAGUCACUCCCUGGCUUCCAGUCCUGCCUCAGUGCACUCUUUCACAUCAGGUGGUCUUGUGUGGGCUGCAAACCUGAGCAGCUCUUCAGCGGGCAGUAAGGACACACCAAGUUACCAGUCCAUGACUAGCCUUCACACCAGUUCCGAGUCUAUUGACCUUCCUCUUAGCCAUCAUGGCUCUCUCUCUGGACUGACAACAAGCACUCAGGAGGUUCAGAGCCUGCUCAUGAGGACUGGAAGCGUCAGAUCUACUCUUUCGGAAAGCAUGCAGCUUGACAGAAAUACACUACCCAAAAAGGGAUUAAGAUAUACACCAUCAUCCCGGCAGACAAGUCAGGAGGAAGGCAAGGAAUGGCUACGCUCCCAUUCAACUGGAGGCCUGCAAGACACUGGCAGUCAGUCCCCGCUUGUUUCUCCUUCAGCUAUGUCUUCAUCUGCAACUGGAAAAUAUCACUUUUCCAACCUGGUGAGUCCAACCAACCUGUCACAGUUUAACCUUCCUGGACCCAGCAUGAUGCGUUCAAACAGCAUCCCUGCUCAAGACACUUCUUUUGAUCUCUAUGAUGACUCCCAACUGUGUGGCAGUGCUACGUCCUUAGAAGAGAGACCACGAGCAAUCAGUCAUUCAGGUUCAUUCAGGGACAGCAUGGAAGAAGUACAUGGGUCCUCAUUAUCACUUGUCUCCAGCACAUCCUCUCUCUACUCUACGGCAGAAGAAAAGGCACAUUCAGAGCAAAUUCAGAAACUACGGAGGGAGUUGGUUGCAUCACAAGAGAAAGUUGCUACCCUUACUUCUCAACUUUCAGCAAAUGCUCAUCUAGUAGCAGCUUUUGAAAAAAGCUUGGGAAAUAUGACAGGCCGAUUGCAAAGUCUAACAAUGACAGCUGAACAAAAGGAAUCUGAGCUUAUAGAGCUAAGGGAAACCAUUGAAAUGCUGAAAGCCCAGAAUUCUGCUGCACAAGCUGCUAUUCAAGGAGCCUUGAACGGCCCUGAUCAUACCCACAAAGAUUUACGUAUAAGGCGGCAACAUUCUUCAGAAAGUGUUUCCAGUAUUAAUAGUGCUACAAGUCAUUCAAGUAUUGGCAGUGGUAAUGAUGCUGAUUCCAAAAAAAAGAAAAAGAAAAACUGGGUGAACUCUAGAGGAAGUGAGCUAAGAAGCUCUUUCAAACAGGCUUUUGGAAAGAAAAAGUCCACCAAACCUCCUUCCUCACAUUCAGACAUAGAAGAGUUGACAGAUUCGUCUCUUCCUUCCUCACCUAAAUUGCCCCACAGCUCUGGAGAGUGUGCGGCAACAUCGAUGAAACCGUCACAGUCAGCAUCUGCGUCCUCUCUAGUCUGGGCAUCAAAGAAAAGGCAAAACGGUCGUGUGGUCUACAGGCAUAGAUCCCGGAUCUGUGAGUGUACAGAGGCAGAGGCUGAAAUUAUUCUUCAGCUAAAGAGCGAGCUGAGGGAGAAGGAGCUAAAAUUAACAGAUAUUCGUCUGGAAGCCCUCAGCUCUGCACACCAUCUGGAUCAGAUCCGGGAAGCCAUGAACCGCAUGCAGAAUGAAAUUGAGAUACUGAAAGCUGAGAAUGAUCGCUUAAAGGCAGAGACUGGAAAUACUGGAAAGCCUGCCCGGCCAUCAUCAGAGUCGUCAAGCAGCACAUCAUCUUCCUCAUCACGGCAGUCACUAGGACUUUCUCUGAACAAUUUAAACAUCACAGAAUCUGUUACAUCAGAUAUUUUGUUGGAUGAUGUCACUGAUGGAGCACUCCACAAAGAAGGCCAUAGUGUCAAAAUUUUAGUCACUAUAAACAAAGGCUAUAGUCGAGCCAAGGAUCAAAAGCCACAUGCAUACCUGAUAGGAUCAAUUGGAGUCAGUGGAAAAACAAAAUGGGAUGUUUUAGAUGGUGUAGUCAGACGUCUCUUUAAGGAGUAUAUUUUUCGAGUGGAUCCAACUACUAGCCUGGGUUUAAGCUCUGACUGCAUUGCUAGCUAUUGUAUAGGGGAUGUAACUAGAGCCCAUAGCCUAGAAGUGCCUGAACUGCUGCCUUGUGGAUAUCUGGUUGGAGAUAAUAACGUCAUCACUGUGAACCUGAAAGGAGUAGAAGAAAACAGUUUGGACAGUUUUGUGUUUGACACGUUAAUUCCUAAGCCAAUUACCCAACGGUACUUUAAUUUACUGAUGGAGCAUCGCAGAAUUAUUCUGUCGGGACCCAGUGGCACGGGAAAGACCUAUUUAGCUAACAGGCUGGCUGAAUAUAUUAUAAGUAAAUCUGGCAGAAAAAAAACCGAGGAUGCAAUUGCAACUUUUAACAUAGAUCACAAGUCAAGUAAGGAUCUACGACAAUAUCUGGCAAACUUAGCUGAGCAAUGCAGUGCUGACAACAAUGGUGCUGACCUCCCUGUUGUCAUAAUUCUUGAUAACCUCCACCACAUCAGUUCACUAAGUGACAUCUUCAAUGGUUUCCUCAACUGUAAAUAUAAUAAAUGUCCCUAUAUUAUUGGAACCAUGAACCAGGGAGUUUCUUCUUCACCAAAUCUGGAGAUGCAUCACAAUUUCAGGUGGGUGCUGUGUGCUAAUCACACAGAGCCUGUUAAAGGUUUCUUAGGCAGAUAUCUGAGAAGGAAACUGAUUGAAACUGAAAUAGAAAAGAGCAUACGCAAUAAUGAGCUUAUGAAAAUCAUUGACUGGAUCCCCAAAACAUGGCAUCAUCUCAACAGCUUCCUAGAAACACACAGCUCUUCAGAUGUAACCAUUGGUCCCCGUCUCUUCCUCCCUUGCCCUAUGGACGUUGAUGGCUCCAGAGUGUGGUUCACUGACCUUUGGAACUAUUCCCUGGUUCCAUAUCUUCUGGAAGCUGUGAGAGAAGGACUCCAGAUGUAUGGUAAGAGGGCACCCUGGGAGGAUCCCUCCAAGUGGGUAGCUGAUACCUAUCCAUGGAGCUCUGCAACUCUACAGCAUGAGUGGCCAUCACUACUUCAGCUAAGGCCCGAAGAUGUUGGUUAUGAAGGUUAUGCAUCAGCAAAGGAAGGAACAACCUCUAAGCACGUUCCACAGACUGAUACAGAAGGGGAUCCCUUGAUGAAUAUGCUAAUGAGGCUUCAAGAGGCAGCCAACUAUUCGAGCGCACAGAGCUGUGACAGUGAUAGCACCAGCCACCAUGACGACAUUUUGGAUUCAUCCCUUGAAUCAACUCUCUGAAAGGGACAAAUCUUGCUGUAGGAUGAUGGUAAAAUCUGUUUCCACUAGACCACUGCCAGUAUUAAAGCAGCACACCGAGGUCUCUGAGUAAGAAUGGUGUGUUGUAGGGAGGCAGGAGACCUAACUCUGCAAAGUCAGGAAGAAAAAUUGAAGUGGAAAGCUUGAAUUAGUUUAAUUUCAAGGCGUUUCAAUACCUGUGGAGCCAUGUGAGACUCCAUUUGUCAACUGGAAAGUGCCCUAGACCAAGGGCAUCUGAGCAGAUUGCACAUGUGUUAGCCAAACUGGAAUAUUUUUUUUCCCUUAUCCUCUUUCUCUCUCUUUGUCUCUCUGUGUUUCCCUGUACAAGUUUACAGUGAAACUUCUUCGGGUUUUUUUUUUUCCUUUAGUUUACCCUGAGGUUCUGCAUGAACAAUGCAGUCUUCUAAUUAUCUUUUAACCUCUGUUGUGCCACAUGGUGCUGGUCACAGGAUGGCAGUGGUGUUUGUGUUAUACACUACUGCCCAUUCCAGAAUGAGUAAAAGAUGAUAGUAACUCAGAAAGCACAAACAGUAUUGUGCAAUCACCAGAAAACAUGACUGUGAUAUGCUGGAUAAGUGCCAAUUUAAUUCUAACUGCCAUGGUCACGGUGAUGCGCUCCAUCAAGUUUUUAGUACACAAGUCACAGAUUUUAUAAAGUUAUUUUUACCACAAGGGUCUUUUUUAACCGCCUGCCCACUCCUUAACAACAGUUUUCUACCAAUUAUUAACCAACACUGAUUAAAGGCUUUUUAGGGCUUCAUUUGUUUGAGCCUUUUCAGUGAAAGAAGGAACAUUUCUUAUGGUGCUGUCUCACUGCCUUAAAACAGAUUUCUAGAACAGUUUUACAGUUGGUUUAAUUCCUAAACCAUUGGUAAUUUACACUGUUUUUUUCUUCAUUUACUAAUGAGAAAACAUCAGUUAACAUAGUAGCCUCAUAUCUGUAUAUCAUGAUUUUUUAAAGUAAUGGAUACGAGAAAGAACAGUUGCUAUAUAAUAUUUUUAUCUUGUGAAUAGAUUUCUCUGCCUACCCUCAGAAGUACACAAGGACCCUAAACCCACUUUCACUGCCACCUAAAUGCUGACAAAAUCGGCUCAAAUCCAUUUGGUCCCAUAGAAUGGAAUUUUUGGGAGGAUAGAUGUUUUGAAUAAUUAUCCAGCAGAGCUGGAUGCACUUGAUGCAGCAUGAGCACAAAUAUAUGGGUUUGGUUUUUUUUCCUUUCUCUAGUUUCAGCAUGUUGUUUUGAUUGUUAUAGUUGUACAUGAAGAAUUCAGCAUAAAAGAACACUGAAGCAGUGAUGUCCACUGUGGAAGAGGAAGAGUUUAUACUGUAAAAGUGGGUUGGUUUUGCACAGUCUACUGGGUGGGUAUUGUAAAUAUAAAGAAAAAGAAAAAAAAAAAAAAGAAAAAAAAAGCCUUGCACAAAUCAAAUCAAAAACAAACAAACAAAAAAAAUUGUAUUUUAUUCUGUUGGUGUUAAGAGAUGUUUCACUUGCUGAGAUUUCCUGUAUGUUGCAAACAAAUACAGAAUGCAAAACCUAAAGCUGUUAUUACCUGGUGUGUUUGUCCUGUACUUACAGUUGUUACAACUAUGCAGGAGCUAUUAAUGCUACAGUUAGCACAUCUCAAUAUCUGUAUGAAACCAAUACAUUUUGGGGGGAAAAGUCUGCAAAUGUUUAAGGUUCAUAUGUCACAGCAGGCCACAGCCAGACUGCAUCUAGACUGCUCACAGUAACCGGAAACACUCUUACCAUGAGAGCCGUGAGGUUAAAAUAGGCGUGCAUGAACCUAUGAAGGUACCCAAGGGCUCUGGCAUUGUGUAGUCAUGUACUGUACACCUCCAUGGAUGUUACCUUCGGGAUGUGUAUCUGGUGCUAUUCACUCCUCGUGGCCACCCCGUGGCCACCUGCUGUAACCUAAAGAAAUCAAUGCAGUUUCCAAAUGGCACUGAGCUGCAUCGCUGAACCUAGAGGUUUCUACACGGUGCUAUUGCCCUGAAUAAAACUCUGAAUUUAUGCACGUAGGAUUCAGUCUGACCAACAUCGUGCCCCCCAAAUCUGGAUCCAUUUCUGAUGCAAAAUGUCAGUUCAUACACCUUGACUGACUCAAAGAACUAAAGCAAAGCUGCUCUUUCUUGUACUUUGUGCUCUGAGAAAACCUGCAAAUAUUUUCCUGCCAUAUUUAGCUCACAAACACACAAUAUUACAUUCACAAAACUUCCUGCAAUACAUCUCAGUGAGUCCACCUAGUUUACAACUCAGAAAUUGUUUGUGAAACAUUUGUCUGUACACAUUUUAUAUUUUGUACAUUUUUGAUGUAACAUAUCUUGUAAAUAGAC